AUGAGCAAAGAUUCUUCUUUUUUAUUAGUCUGUAGACUAGUCAAAUUAGUACUACAAACUACUAUUAAAUUCACUGACAUUUUAUAUUGGUAUGCUUCUUCUCUAUCUACUUUAUCCUCUAAUUCUAAAACUUCAUUGAAAAUGUUAAAUCAAGAUAAAAAUAACAAUAUUAAUAAUAGUUUUAGUCUUAGUAAAAGUAGUAGUAAUCCAACGAUACAAUCGAAAGUCAUUCUUCAGAAAAUAAUUAGACUUGCAUUAGUUGGCCGAGAGAAUAUCAAAACUAAUUUUAAAUACUGGGUUUUUGUCAAUGGUGGUCGAUACAAUUCAACAAACAAACCAUUCACUAUAAACAAAGAAUUAUUCAAUUAUGCUUUCGUUUGUAAAGAAUGGUGUAAUAUCAUAUCAAAUACGUUCCUUACUGAAUUUAUAUUAAGAUACCCUUCCAAUGAAAGUACAUAUCUAGAUUUGCAAACUUCGGUUGGUUAUCUUUCAAACAGUCGUUCUCUAUAUCAGCUCAAUAGCAUCAAAACUUUAUAUUGUUAUGAAGUCCGCAAAUACACACGUGAUGAAGCGUCAGAGAUGUUCGAGCUUCUUUCAAAGUUUAGCAAUCUCGAACGAUUGUAUAUAUUCACUGGUGACAUUAAUCUAAUAAGAAAUAUCAUUAAACGCAAACCAUCAUUCAAAAUUCGAUUGUAUUUCAAUCAAUACGCCAAGGAGGUAUCGCUUUUUGAUCUCGACUAUUCGGUUUUAGAGCGUGUGACAUUGGUUACCCGAGACUUGGGAUAUUGUGGUGAUGGAUAUGAUUUCGAACCGACAGAACAGUGGCGUGUCAACAAGAUAUACUUUGACUACGAAGGAGCCUAUGAUGAAGAUGGUGACAACAAUCAUAUUGCACAUGACGAGCUCUUUGCAAUCGAAUCACUGAAAUCCAUCGAUAUCAGUGACUUUGAUUACGUUGAUAUCAAAGAGUUAAAGUUGGCUAUGAACGAUCAUCUUGAAUCGUUCAGAUGUUCAUCGAUACUCAGUAUGUUUGGAUACGAUGAAGACGAAGAUCUAGGUUGGACUUGUAGAUGUAUUGAGAAUAGUGUUGACAAUGACUAUGAACAAAUGAUAUCUGACAACAAUCAAACCGAUGAUUGGAUAGAGUUUUGUCAGAGGCUAUCAAAAAACAAAACAUUGAAACAUCUUAAAUUGUCAAACUUUUGCUCGGAACACAAGAUAGAUGAUCAAUCUAUAUUGAAGUUAGUAUCAGAUAGCUUUGUUCAAUCUUUAGCAUUGAACACAACUCUUUCAAGACUUGAAAUAUCAUGUGAUAUUCUUGAUGAAUCAUUUUACACGAUGUUUUCAAACAAUAGAAAUACAACGAUAUACAAACUUACACUCUUCAAUCUCAAUAGCCAACAUCUCCAAUGGACAACCAACAUAUUGAAAUUCAACAAUCAUAUCAACAGUCUUGACAUUGAAUCAUAUAUAAUUCCACAUUGCUGUAUCUACACUGAUAUUUAUCUCCUUUGUGAUGUCUACAAUGAAAUAGAGCUUCCCUUUUGUAACUAA